CGGGCAUGAGCCACUGCAUCCAGCCACUUGCCAUGCAUGGCAUUUAAAAAUGUUCAAUAAAUGUUACCAUAAUGAAGGCUGGUAGGCUGGCCAACUCAGUGGUGUGAUUCAGAAGGAAAGCAGUUAGACGUAUGUGAACAUUUCCUGUACUUGAAGAUCCUCAGGACAAGAUGGGUCACUCCUAGACCCAUCUUCCAUCACGAUCAGCUGGGAAACUUUAAGCAAAAAUGCAGACAUCUUCACUCUAGACCUGUUAGCCAAUCAGAAGUUUCUGGUCAGGGCAUCUGCAUAUUUUUAAAAAUACUUACUAAGGCAGCCUCAAAAUUACAGAUUCAGCACACAUUUGCCAUAAUCACUGAAGAAAUGCAAAGUUAUAAAAAAAAGAUAAACAACAAUCUGCCUCCCGCUUUCUUCCCUCCCCUCCCCUGCUUCUGGAGGCAACAAGGUCAACUAUUUGGUGUGAUUCCUCUUAGCAUUCCCUCCAUCAAUGGUCACAUAAGGACGCUCACAGAUAAGCACCUAUGCGGGUUUGUUUUCCUCGUAAAACUAUUCACAUACUAAAUACUUUCCUCAGUAUCUUGCCUUUUUUCACUUCAUAAUGUCGCGCACACAUCUCUUCAGGUUUAUAGAUACAGGUCCAGUUCUUCUUUUCAUAGCCAUAUAACUUUCUGUAGAAGAGAGAGAACACAUUUUAUUCAGUGUCCGAUUGAUGGAUCUCAAGAUUGCUUUCAUUUCUACAAAUAGACAAGCAAUAACAACUCUGUAAAAGUUUUCUUACUUAUAGGUGCUUUUAUGUCCAAAGGAUGGUCUCCAAAGAGUGAAACUGAUCAAAUGUGCAUUUUUUAUUCUAAUAGAUAUGGACAGAUUUUCUCUCAAAAUGUUUGUGGUAAUUCAAAACACCAGUAAAGCAGGGGAGACGUGUAUUUUGGAAAAGCACCCAAGGCGAUUCUGAAGUGUAGCCCAGGAUAAGAACCAUUGCCCAGGGCUGUUCCAGAUGGUCCCUGGGUUCCUGAAGGAGGUACCAGGAGAGAAAUCUUCACUGAGAUAAAGCCAAGAUGAAACUCCCCCUACUUCUGGCUCUUCUAUUUGGGGCAGUUUCUGCUCUUCGCCUGAGGCCUGAGACUUCCACCUUUGAGAGCACUUUGGGUGCUAAGACCCUGCCUGAGGAUGAGGAGAUGCCAGAACAGGAGGUGGAGGAGAUCCUUUCCAGGGAGCUGGAGGAAGAGGAGGAGGGGGGCUCUGGAAGUGAAGAUGCAUCCAAGGAAGAUGGGGCUGUUGAGUCGAUCUCAGUCCCAAAUAUGGUAGACAAAAACUUUACGUGUCCUGAGGAAGAAGACACAAUAAAAGUGGUGGGCAUCCCUGGGUGCCAGACCUGCCGCUACCUCCUGGUGAGAUGUCCUCGCACGUUUAACCGAGCUUGGUUUACUUGCCGGAGGUGCUACAGGGGCAACCUGGCUUCCAUCCACAACUUCAAUACUAAUUCUCGAAUCCACUGGUCAGUCAGCGCACUCAACCAGGGUCAAGUCUGGAUCGGAGGCAGGAUCACAGGCUCGGGUCGCUGCAGACGCUUUCAGUGGGUUGACGGCAGCCGCUGGAACUUUGCGUACUGGGCUGCUCACCAGCCCUGGUCCCGCGGUGGUCACUGUGUGUCCCUGUGUACCCGAGGAGGCCACUGGCGUCGAGCCCACUGCCUCAGAAAACUUCCUUUCAUCUGUUCCUACUGAGCUGGUCCCAGCCAGCAGUUCAGAGCUAUCCUCCCCUGGGCAGCUGCCUCCCCUCCUCUGCUUGCCGUUUCUCCCUCCACCUCCCUGCAAUAAAAUGAGUUUUACUGAAA